CUUUGUUUUAUAUUUAUGGUAAUCUGAGUAAAGAUUAAUGUAUGCAGGUUAUCAUCAUUGUAAUCAAGUCUCAAAUGGUAUCCACAGCAUUGUAUUCACCGUCCAUAACUGGAGGGUCCAGCAGGACCUUGUUCUAAUUCAUUUGCAGGCCUACAUCAGAACAUGCACAUAGAGAGUUAUGUAAACACGCACGUUUACCCUUAUUUACACAGGGAGGUCAUGUCAGGACAUUCUCUAGUUGGACACACAGGCUCACAGAACUGCACAACAUGCCAUGUCACACACUUGUUUUUCUCUAAAGUAUCAUCUGAUGUUUGUAUAAAGAGAACUUUGGACUAUGGGGAGACUGUUAUCAUUUCCAGUAAGGUCUAACUGUGUGAUGGGUUAUAUAAGGAUGGGGAACGGUCCACUCUUUGGAGAUCUGUGGCUGUACGCUUGUCUUCCCAUGCUUCUGUCUUAGAAGCAUGUAAUAAAAUCACUAUGUUUGUCACCUACACGGACUCGGCUGUUUUUCCUUCUUACCCAAACUGAACCAGACGUAACAAAAUCUUUGGACAUCUUUGGAAAGCUCAGACAAAGACAAGUAAAAAGACAACUGAUGGAAAUGAGCAGCUUUAUGUAUGAGGGACAUUUUGAGGGAAUGAGGAACACGUUAAAAUGUGAGAGGAGGGUCAGGACAGGUGACAGGUGGGAGUGGCAGCAUCUGAAGUGUCAGCAGAGUGCAUGAUGGGAACAUAAAAAGACUGACUGAAUAAAGAACGACAGAAAGCCCAAAGCAUCACAGGCCUGUUUGCUUUGACAUUACAACAUCUAAACUGAGAAGUGUUUCACUCACUCUGUUUCUGCUAAAAUCACACAUUGACUUUUACGUUGUCGUCUCUCCUCUGUAGCAGCCUGAUCAUUUGGUGAUGAGUUUUGUGACAGUCCAGUCUGUGAACAUCAUGACAGACAUCAUGUUACUGAGUCUCCUCCUUAUUCCAAGCACUUUGGCUGCUUGUCCUCAAGAUUCACACCUGUUCAUCACUGCACCAACAGAGAUGGAAGCUCUGAGUGGAUCUUGUUUACAAAUCCCAUGUAACUUUAGUGAAAUUGGAACAGAAAAGGUUGACAGCACAAGACCUGUGUUUGGAGUGUGGAUUAAAAAUCAUUCUGAUAUUUUUGCACAUCCAAACAAUGAGAUCUUCAACAGCAGUGGGACAGUUAACAUCUAUCCAAUGAACAUUACAGGAAACCUGAAGGAGAAACACUGCACCACUCUGUUUUCCAAUUUAACCACAAAUUAUACAAACACAUACUACUUCAGAAUUAUGAACUGGCCCUACAGAGCAACAGCUGUUUGUGAUCCUCUUAAAAUAACAAUUAAAGAUUCUCCUUGGAGGCCCAAUAUUACAAUCCAAGGUGAUCUGAAGGAGAAGGAGUCUGUCACUAUAACCUGCUCAGCUCUCACUCCCUGUCCACACUCCCCUCCUCAACUCACCUGGAAUCUCCAACAAGACUCUCACAACAAAAUAGAGAAAAACACAGAUGGAAGCUUUACAACUAAAAUCCAGCAGAACAUCACUCUGUCAGACACACAUGAUGGAAAGAAGAUCAGCUGCUCUGCCAGAUAUCCUGUGAACCAAGGAAACGACACCAAGACAGCAGAGACAGAAGAGACUCUCAGUGUUUCAUAUGCUCCUAAAGACACCUCAGCAUCCAUCAGUCCAUCAGGUUUGGUGUCAGCAGGCAGCUGGGUGAACCUGACCUGCUUCAGCAGAGCCAAACCUCCAGUCAGCAACUUCACCUGGUUCAAGAAGAGCAGAGAUGGAGCUGUGAAAGCAUCUGAAGGAGAGAUUUACAGCUUCAAUGUAACAGAUGGAGGAGUUUAUUACUGUGUGGCCACUAAUGAUCUGGGUAAUCAGACAUCAGCAGUGAUUCGUGUGACUGUUGCAGGUCUCAUUUCAUCUGAAGUCACACUGUGGCCACUUAUUGGUGGAAUCAUUGGGAUUGUUGACCUCUUACUUCUGUAAUGUUAUUCUGCUUAAUGGUUUUUGUUUGGUAAGUAUCACACUUCAAAGCAGAAAACAGAAAAAAAGUUGCUGACACAAAUAUGUUACCUGCACAUUAAAAAUAUUUGUUUCAAAUCACAUUUAAUUUUUCUCAAAUCUAAAUUAAAUACUGUACUCAAUUUAACUGCUGUUUAUUUCUUCCUGGUGAUUAAAUAUAGCUCCUUUGUUUAUGAUCAUGUUUAUACAGUUUUUCCAUGCUCAGAUGCUGUGUGUGCUCUCCUGUGAUUUAUUUGUAUGUUAGAUAUCUUGGUAUAAAUGUAUCAGAGUUAACAAAGAUGUUGUUCAAAUGAUGUCCAAAUGCAACAAAACCAUCCUGAAAGCAAUUCUGUAAAGAUCAAAUGCAAUACUGUGAUACUUCUGAUUCAUCACACAAUAAUAAACUAAGUACAAUUUUUGACAAAGUGGGAUUUUGCCAAAAUGUUAGUGAAAAUUAAGGGGUUGCCAUUAAAGCAUGUUUUAUUAAAAAAUAUUAAAUUAAGAACUCUGCCUUAUCAAAUAGAAUAGAAUAACCCUUUAUUUUAAUUGUAUAUGUACAAUACAAUUAUGAAAUUAAGCAGUUAAUAAGUUGUAUUUUGUGUUCUUUACAUUUGCAAAUGUGAAGUGGCAAUACAUUACAACAACUGGAAUUAAUGUAAUUAUUAAAUCUUUUAUUCAAAUUCUUGGAUUUUAUUUGCUUGAUGUUGUGGAAAGCUUUGCUGACUAAAAAAUGCCUAAGACACACGUGUUAAAUUUAUAAGUGUUUAACUGCAAAGUCUGACAUUCAUCAACAUCUUCUUCACUGAACUUUUUUACACUCUGUGAAUAAACUCUGUGAAAGAA